CGGAAAUCGGAAUGAUGAUCCGUGAUCGUUUUCCUAACCCUCGCUAUGCACUUGACGCUAUCAAAUUUCUUUAGUAAUAUUUUUUAUUAAUUGCGCAAUCUUUAGAGAGUUUUAUUACUGAAGAAAUUGUGACAAUCGAUGUUGUGAUAAAAAGAUUUAUGAUAUUUCACGUGUGAGUGCUGAAGAAGUAAAAACCGACUCUUGUGGUCCUUGCGAAGAGAUUAUAACCUGAAAACUCAACGCAUUUAGUUUUUGGCGUUUUUAUUCUAACGAAAAGGUACACGAGAUAUCUCAUGUAUAAGAACUGAACAAGUAAAAACCAAUUUGCAGAAGGGUCAUAACCUAAGUGAUUAAGACGGUGUGGUAUUUUUUUCUUUUAAUAAAAAGAUUCCUGAUAUUACAUAUACAGGUGUUAUAGAAAUCCUUUCGAGAAAAGAUUACGACUCAAAAACUCCAGGCAGCUAUUUAAUUUGUGUAGUGUUCCCUUUCUAAAUAAGAAAUCUCAAUAUGGUUUGCGAGAAAUGCGAAAAGAAAUUGGGCAAAGUUAUUACUCCGGAUCCCUGGAAGAUGGGUGCAAGGAACACAACGGAGAGCGGAGGUCGUAAGGUCGGAGAGAACAAAGCUCUUUCUGCCGCAAAGGCACGAUUUAAUCCAUACACCACGAAAUUCGAGAUCUGCAGAAUAUGUAGGCAGAAAGUUCAUCAGGUGGGAUCGCAUUAUUGCCAGUCUUGCGCGUAUAAGAAAGCUAUAUGCGCUAUGUGUGGUAAAAAACUGAUGAGUACGAAGAAUUAUAAGCAAUCGGCUACGUAAUAAUGCUACUGAUCCACGAUGUGGACAUAUUUGUAAAUAAUAAUUUAUCGUGAACAUAUAUUAUUAUGAUAUAAGUUUACCAAAUGUUCAAAUAGAUUUAUUGAUAAGUAAUCUAAUCACGUAUGACAGAGUAAAUUCUUAAAAUUAUUAUUAUCAGAAAACAUUAAUGUAUAAUUGUAUUAUUGUAUGCAGUAUAAUUUUCUAUCAUGUCAUAUAUCUUCUGUUAAACUAUUAGUAUCUAUGUAGUGCAUUACAAUUUAACAUAAAAACAAUGUAAAUAUAAGUAUUAUUAAGUGAAGAAGUACAGUUAAUAAUAUAAAUGAAUAAAAAUUAUUUUAACAUAAGAUUGAAUAUAAAAAAGGAAAUUCUGUUUACAUAAAUGUAUUUACUUUCUUAUAUAACAGGUUAUGACAGAAACAAUAAUUAAAUUAAAGUAAAAAGCACUAAAAGAAAGAAAUAUUAAGAAUAAUAAUCUGCACAAGGUACUGAUGCGUAUAUUUUUCGUAAUACAUAAAAUGUUUAUACACAUAUUCAUAUCAUGUUUUUUUUAUAAUACUUUCUCUCGAGACU